CAGUGCUUAACUUGAUCGCAAGGUGGUAGCACCGAGUACGUUUUUCUAUGCUUCUUCUGUAGGAAGGUUAGUGCCUGAUAGUGCAAAAUAUGAACAUUCGUAUAAUAAAAUCUUAUUGUGUUUUGGACCAAUAAAAAAGAGCAACGCGGUAUAUUCGCGAAGACAGUACAAUGCUACAAAUAGAUAAGAGGCAUCCCUCCCACUGAUGCAAAACAGUUGAUAUUGGCAGCUCUCGUCUCGAUUUGGGAUAACCUCUUGGUUAUAACAACCAACUACAGCUCUUGUCGCAUCUUCAGCCGACAAUUACCAAAACGUUUCGCAAGGAUGGCGUGUCUUUUGCUGAACCAGGAAAAUGUGCAUAUUAAGAUACCAUCGGCAGACACUGUCGACGGUAUCACUUAUUACUGCAUCGAGGUUAGGAUUGCUUCGAUCAAAUGGACUGUCAAGCACAGGUACAACGAUUUCGCGGAGCUUCACGAUAAACUUGUCUCAGAGAAUUACGUCAAGAAGGACAUAUUGCCACCAAAGAAGCUUAUCGGAAAUAAAUGCGAAGCUUUUGUAGAAAAGCGUAGACUGAACUUGGAGAUCUAUCUGAACGAAGUGUAUAACUAUUUAAAGAAAGCAAUGCCUAGAGAAUUAGCUGUAUUCCUGGAUAUGCAUAUAUACGAUAUAUUUUUCCUACUACAAAGUAUGGCUUUAGAGUUUUUUACAGAGGGUAAUAAUUUGUUACAAAAGUCCAAAACUUACAAGUUUAAUCUAAUACAGUUGUAUGCAAUCAGCGAGAGAUUGAAACAACCCUGUCCACCGAUCGAAGUUGUCGACAGGAAAUAUGACUUCAGUCACGUUUUGGAUUUCAAUUCUCAUCUAACUGGUUUGAUCGUCGAAGGGAGCCCGGAACCUUAUAGAACCAGCAAUAUAUAUUCUUCCGCAUUGUCCAUCGAACUGUCAAGUUUCAAAAACAUAGAAGAUCUAACUAUCAAUCAGUAUCCAGUGGAUAAAAUAUACCACAUGGGCAACCUUCGAGACACGGUAACAUAUUUAAAAGUAAACAACACGAAGCUUAGAACUAUCGUGGAAUUGGCAAUGUGCGAGGAAGUGCACAAAAAUAUUGAAAAUGCGAAUGAUUCUCAUGUCUGGUUCAAAGUCACUCACCUAGAUCUCAGCGAUAAUCGAAUAGAAGUUAUAGACGAAGCGAUUAAAUUGUUGCCUCAAAUAGAAUGUUUAACUUUAAAUAAUAAUCUACUAUCUGAAAUUUCGAACGUCACUCUUUUACCGAGGUUGUCCCAAUUGUAUCUAGCGUCGAACAAUUUCACAACUCUACCAGACGAUCUGCAUACGAAACUCGGUUAUAUAGUGUACAUCGACUUGUCCCAGAACAAAUUAACCUCGUUAUCGAGCUUUUCGAAAUUGUAUUCGUUGGAGGGUUUAGACGUGAGUUGCAAUCGUAUCGAGAAGAUAGAAGAAGUAAAGAAUAUCGGGCAUCUACCUUGUUUGGAGAAUCUGAGAUUGACCGGAAAUCCAGUGUCGACGAUAGUCGACUACAGGGUGAAAGUGUUAGAACCGUUUGGCAAAAGGGCUGCAGAUAUUUGUUUAGACAAUGAAAAACCAAAUCAGAAAGAACUGGACACCGUUUCCGUUCAUCAAGCGUUACGCAUUGCCAGAGAAGGAAAAUCGCCAACGUUCACCGCAUCGGAUGCGCCUUUGUUCUCCGCGGAGAUUCCAAACAUAUGUAUAGGAUCCGGUAAAUUAUGAUUCCAUUUGAAACGAUAAAUUCCCUUAAAGAACACUUUGAUAUGAAUUUUUAUAAUUGACCCAAAUUGUUUCUGAAACACAAAAGAACCUUUUCAUGCAUUUAGAUUUUGAUGAAGCGAAAGCUACCAAGGAUACCCAUAUACAUUUCCCCCCUGCCCUCCUCCCGUCCACGAAGUGAUACUACUGUGGGAAUGACAAUUUAAUUGAUUUAGAUGAAAAGGUUCCCUUGUAAGUGAAAUUAAUAUUCUAUUUAAAACGGCGAACAUCAGAACUAUAGUUCUUUUAUACGCUAUUUAUUAUCGAUCUAUCGCGUCGGUGCUUUAUAUUACCUUUUAACAUAUGACGAUAAUCUAAUCAGUAUAAUACGUGUACCAAAAUAAUAAUCUAUUAUUUAAUCUAUUAAGUCUUAGAUCGUAAGCCUUAGAUGUCUUUAUUCGAUCUAUCAAUCAAAUAAUACGUGGUAAUUAACCUGUUAGGUACGAUUAAAUUUUGUGCGGAUCGGUUUCUCUGUACAGCUGAGUUUGACGCGAAUCACGCGUAAACGAUACGUACGAUACGUAAAUUACAACUUUUCUUAAAGAUACGAUGUAUGUACUUUAAUAAUUUACAUUAAUAAUUGAUAAUACAAUUGAGUGCGAUAUAUUUUAUAGCACGAUACGACACAUAGACCCACGUCACAAUUUUAAUACUCAUAGGGCAAUAGUGUUUUUCAAAUUGCUCUUCGUUUUCUAUUUUAAAGCGACAUAUUGAGCUCGAAAUCUAAAAUGACAUCCGCGAAAGCCACUAUAUAGUGGCGCAUCGUACCUAAGAGGUUAAAAAGAUAAACAGUCUGUCCGUUGGAGGAUAACGUGCCACUUAUCUUUGUAAAAGUGAAAUUUGCAAGAUUCUGCUGUGUAAAUAAUUAUUUUUAAAUCGUAUAUUGCGUGUUAUCGUCAUAUAUUUUUUAUACAAACUCGGAAUGCAAAAUAGGAAGAUCGGAUAAAUCGAUGAUUAGUAUUUAUUUAUAAUUUAUUGUAUCGGAGAAUUUGGUUUAUAUCAACGGAUAUGAUUAACGUAGCGAUUCUCAAACUCUAUUUAUACCUUGCGUAAUCAGUGUAAGUAAUUAGCAAUUUAGAAAUAAGAAAGAUUCAUUUUAGGAAUCGUUGUUUCUGCGAACAAUGAAUUAUUUUAAACGAUAUUGGUUAUUACGUAUUCGUAAAUGCGUUAUUUAAAUUGGCCGUAUCAUACGCGUAUGAUACAAACGGCGAUACGACUAUUUCUGAGAAAUUUCCGAUUGGAUACGAUCACCGCAGAUUUAUUAGCUGUUAUUCGUUGUUUAAACUUUUAAGCCGACGUUAUUUUGAAAGGUGUAACGUGUUCGAUGUAACAAUUUUAUAGUGGUUUAACACAAACUACCUACAUAUAUGUACAUAAGAAGAUUAAAUAUUUUGUUAAUAAAGAAUUCAAAAUCAA